CCACCCGGGCAUUGAAGUGACCUUCAGGAACCCCGUCUUCUGGUCUGCAAACAACCACUACUCCUCAUCCUGUUCCAAACACAAGCAGAAGUUGCUCAACAUGUCUAUGGGGUCAAUGGAUAUCAAUCCCGUGUGGUAUCAGUAUCAGACGAACGAUCCAUACCGCGUAGAUAUCGGAGGAAAACGCUACCAGCUAGCACGAUCGUCUUUUGAUGCGGCCCCAAAGUCUCUCAGGAAUCAACUUACCAGUCGCUGCUUUUCAAACGACGUUUUCCAGCCCACAAAAAAACAUCAUCAAGCCAUCUUCAUGUACAUGAUCGAUGGGACUUUACCCAACGACAAUAUUGAGACUUGCAAUGAGGUUCUUCACAUCGCUAAUCAACACAAAUGGAGCACCCUUGCGACGGAAGUCACGGAGGUGAUCGCACAGUGCGCAAACGAGAAGUGA